UACUCACUGCUAGGUCAACAGGAGCAGCAGGUGUAAGGAAACAGGCCCAACGUUUCGCCCGUGCCAGGGAUUGAUGCCAGACACUCGGUGUGGGAAUUGAGAACUCUAUACGAGGACCCCAACGAAAAUAAGUCACUGACUUUUUUGGGCUAUCCUAGAGCAUGGAUUCUGAACGAGAAAAGUUUCGUACUUACAUUGAAAAAUCGGGGGUCAUGUCUGCAUUGACUGAUGCUCUCGUACAUCUCUAUGAAGAAACUGAGAGGCCUCCUGAUGCCCUCCAAUACAUCAAAAGCACUCUAGGCACAAGAUCAGCUGAUGGUGACCGGAUACGGAUGUUUGAGGAAAAGGUGAAAGAAAUGCAGAACACUAUUGAAUCGCAGAAGGCAACAAUUGAAGCUCAGCAGUCGGAAAUUGCUUAUCUUAAGGAAUGCUUGACCCAGGCACAAGCAAAUAAGUUACCCCCUGAAGAUGCAACACAAGCUUAGCAAAUAACUGCCAACAUCGCG